AAAUCCUGGUCCAAUUAAUACAAAGCAACUUACCAAAUGGACAUGCAGUUUCCAGGGAGAAAGGAAUCAGCAUUCAGGAAUUAUUUUGUGAUCAACGGAUCCCCACCCAAGUCAGAGACUGCCGAUCCCGGCUCCAUCUUUCUCCGAUUUCUGCGCUAAGACAGGAAAUUCAACCUCAGACAACUUUGCCAAUGGGAGAAGAGGUAGAUCCUGAGCACCAGUUAAUGGUGGCUGAAGGUUUUCCUCAUUCUAUGCAAAUUGAUCCACAAAGAGCAAGAGAAGAUGGAGUGAUACUGGACUUUGCAGGGCCUAAUUUUAUCUGUGUAGAUAAUUUUGCUUUUGGGGCUGUAGCUCGCUAUGUCCAAAUCAACAAAGAACAGGAAUGCUGGGUUUCUCCCCAUCCUCCUGCUUUCAAAGACUUGGAUGUAUGCCUACAAGAUGAUCCUGGAAGGGAGACAUUAACAUGGGAUGAUGCAAUAAGGAAGAGCACACAGGAGUUCCAACACCGAUCAUACAACCUCUUCACUUGCAAUUGCCAUUCUUUUGUAGCCAACAACCUCAACAGGAUGGGCUUUCGUUCUGGUGGAUGGAACGUGGUGAACCUUGCCGCUUUCAUCUUCCUCAAGGGUCGAUGGGUGGACAAAGCAUCUGUUUUGCAAUCUUUCCUGCCCUUUGUUAUCGUAUCUGGCAUUGGACUCUUACUUGGAGGCACAACAUUCCUGACUUUCUUGGUCUUCUUUGCCUUCCUUCUUGUCGGGUGGUUCCUUAUUGGCGAGGAGGGUCAGGUCAUCAGUUGCCACACCGUCGAUUCAUGGAACCAGCACCUCCUAAAGGGAAAGGAAUCCAACAAACUGCAAGUUAUUAAGGAAUGGGAAGUGGAGGCAAUGCCAACUUUCAUUUUCCUCAAGGAGGGAACUGUUGUGGACAAGGUGGUGGGAGCAAAGAGAGAGGAGCUGCAACAGACUAUUGCAAAGCAUAUGGCUAUUGCUUCUGCUUAAUGAUGUUAGUAUUAAACAAUCAAGAGUUUCAUCUUUGGAGGAAUCAAUUAUAUUGAACCGUAUCCUCUGCUACUAGUAAUUUGGAUCUCUUUCUUACACCCCUUUAGUUGGAAACUGGAUAUUUGGAGUUGCUUAUAAAUGAUGUAUUCCUGU